AUGUAUUUCCUAGCAGCGACUCCAAAAAACCUCCAACGGAAGGCCCGUACCACAAUAUUUAAAGCCUCUCAGGGACCGGUCUCGGAUAUGGAUUGGCUUGCGGCGUUCCUCGAAUGUGUUACGGAGGACGGUAGAAAGGAUGUCCUUGUAUAUACCUAUGAGGGUUGCCCCCAACAUCUUUUCUUCGCAAUGUCUCUUAGUAACUUCAUUCAACACUAUAUUAAUAUUGGCAAAGCUGCCAGCAUCUUGAAAGUCAAGCACGCCACGCCUGGUUCCAAAGACGGAGAUGAGGUGAACGAUGAAGAAGAUGAAGAGCUAUCAUCAGUCCAGCAAUGA